ACGUGAAAGCGCACCUUUUACAGAAACGGCAUCGGUUUGGGCUAGAGCACGAAGAAGAUGGGCACAACAAGAGUGACGUUAUUUUAACUCAUAUUAAGUCCAUAGUUAGUUUUAUACCGGAUGUUUGUACGUAAUACUAAAUAAUGAGCGAGCGGAGGCUCUCAGGAGACCGUUAAUGUUUGUCCUCGUCUGAAGUUGAACACUGAAUUUGAAGUAAGGUUAGCUUAGCUAGCAUCUCUCUCUGCUCGGCUCAAUCCUGAAGAAAAUAUGGUGUCCUGGAUUAUAUCAAGAUCUGUCGUGCUGGUUUUUGGAAACCUGUACCCAGCGUACUACUCCUACAAAGCAGUGAAAACCAAAAAUGUCAAAGAAUAUGUGCGAUGGAUGAUGUACUGGAUUGUUUUUGCCCUGUUUACAGUAGUGGAGACUGUCGCAGAUCUAACCAUAGCCUGGUUUCCCCUCUAUUACGAGAUCAAGAUUGCGUUUGUGAUCUGGCUUCUGUCUCCCUACACGAGAGGAGCUAGUCUCAUCUACAGAAAAGCCCUUCAUCCUCUGUUGUCCUCCAAAGAAAGGGAAAUUGACGACUACAUAGUCCAGGCGAAAGAACGAAGCUAUGAGACCAUGGUGAACUUUGGCAAGCAGGGCCUGACCAUUGCUGCAACUGCUGCCGUGUCUGCUGCUGUCAAGGGUCAAGGUGCCAUCACGGAGAAGCUCAGGAGCUUCAGCAUGCAUGACCUUACCCAGAUCCCUCAAGAUGACACGUAUUCAUCAUACAGGUCCAACCCAGCCAGAAGAGCCAUCAUGGACCAGCCAGACGGAGCUGAGUAUUGUCAUGGUGAUGACGAGGACAGGAGUGAUGACGAGGGGAAGACUGUAUACUCUGAAGAUGAAGCCAUGUCUCAUCAUGGGCUCAGACGAUCUCAGAGCGUCAAGAUGACCCGCUCAAAACUGCGCAGAGAUGCACGUUAUGGAUCUCUGAAGAUCAAAGGGAGGAAAAGACCAACAAUCAAUGCCAUGACUUUCUCCAGCGUGGAUAACUGAGCUGACUACUGACGUGUGGGAAGAUGUGUCCACUUUAUCAGACACCCAGUGUGUUCAUAUUCUUCUCUUUCCAUAAGGGCUGUGGACUUUCCACUUUUUCACUGAUACACCAGCAGAUCUAUUUAUUACUUCUACCAGCAAGUGUGUACAUACAGUGAGUGUCAUGAAGCGUAAGGGGUUUGACUGAUGCUUGUAUUCGUAAGGCAUGGCUUUAUUGGUCUGAAUUUGACAUUCAGAUUUCUGUCUCCAGUAUUUGUAUUUAGAAACGUGUCCUCUUUGGAUGUGGGUUUUAUAUUUCUGUUUUCAUACUUCCGCUGCCUUUCAGAAGAUGUUUUAAGUAGUUUUUACAAUUGUGGUUUAGGAAGGAAUAGUGAUUCUCAAAAAUGAUUUGUCCGCAUCAGACCAAAAGUGUCUCUUCUCAGUAAUAGAGAAAAUACCAAAGAGAACAAAAGGCAGUGUUGCAUAAAUGUUAAUCCAAAAUUCUGCUGUGGUUUUCUUUAUUAUUGAUGGUAUUUGGGUUUAAAGAAAACCCCUUUUGCACGAUCUUUAAAUCCUUGAUUUAAACCGUCACUUCUGGUCUUCAUGCAGAAUGUUCUUUAUCUGGGAGAAAGUCCACACCAAUGUAGCAUCUCUUCUGUGUGUGGUGUGGCCAGAUGUGUCAUUCGAAAUGAAUGCAAUAAUCUGAAUAAAGCUGAAAGGUUGUAAUGCAA